GUUUGCUGCUCGUAAAGUGACCUAGUGAUGAGCGGUGCCACUGAGGGGAACCUGCUGCUGCUGCGGGCGGUCGAGAAGCAGCCGCCGCUCUACGAUCGCGGCGAUGAAAACUACAGGAAGCGCCUGCCGAGCGAGAACUCCUGGGACAUGGUGGCCUCAGAAGUCGGAGAGUCGGUGGAAAAGUGCAAGCGACGCUGGCGUCAGCUACGGAACGAUUAUACCCGGUGGUGCAACGCGGAUGCCCACCGCCGUCGAAAGGGCCAACGUCGGUUGGCCUAUCCGCUGGCCGAUGACCUGCGCUUUUUGGACCGCCACCUCAACCUGGCCGAGGACAUUGGCAUCGACGACGAACGCAGCAUAUCGUCGGACAAGGACCGGGACAGGGAUAGCAACAGGGACAGCGAGAGCAGGGAUCACCUCCAGCAUCAGCCUCAGGUGUCCUCAAAAGAUCGCGCCGCCUCGGUAAGCAACUCAGUCAAGGAGGCCAAGCAGAUCAGAAAAGUUCGUGAAGAGAAAUCACUUCGAGAAGAAGAGGAAUCUUUGGAAAACCGAGAGGAUCAGGAGCAAGCAGAGGACAGGUCUCCUGAAGAAGAGCUAUUUGAGCCGGAAGAACCGGAGAAAGUUCCCGAACAGGACAGUUUCCUGCAAUCGGACAAUGAAGGCGACGAGUGCGUGGACGAAGAGCAUCUAGAGGAGCUGGAAGGCUUUGAUUUUGACAUAGAGCAAACGAUGCAGGAAAAGGAAUCGUCUCCUGAAAAGUCUCUGGAAACGGAUCACGCUGAUUCACCCGCCAGCCAGUCGGAGUUCUUUAUUAAAGAAAGUAACGACCCCCAUCUGUUGAUUAUUAGCAAAAAGAACUCGGCAGCAUCGGUUGGUGAGCCCGAGGACGAGGACUCUAAUUCCGAGGAUCCUCUGGAGGAGGCCAUGGAGGAAUCCAUGGAGGAUAGUGGCGAAGAGUAUGCCGGGUACGGGAAAAAGCGGGCGGCAGGCGGCGAAGACACCACUGCUCCCAGUCGCCGCAGACGUCGCGGUGCCCGCACAUCAAUAAGUUCCGCUGGCAUCAAGGAGUUGCCGAUUCGAAAACCUCUCCAAGGACAACGAAUCACUCGUUUGCAGCGCCGGAAAUCGAUGAGUGUGGCCGCUGUGCACAGUGUUAGGAGUUCCACAUCGCCGGUGAAGAUGACACCGGUGCCCAGAUCCCAGCCAUAUAACAAGCCACCCUCUGGUCAAGUCCAGAUCAAGAAAGUGGGCCUUAGGGAUGACAUCUUUCCACGACCCACGGGGUCAGCUGGAGGCCAAAACCAAUCCAAGACCCCACAGCAGCAGAAAUCGUUGAUCUUUCCUAAGAACGAUUCGAUUGUCGCCAUCCCACAGGUGCCCGCUCCACCAAAGAGAUCCGUGGGCAGGCCGCCAAAGAAGCUUCACUUGAUCCAGCGGUUGGUGGACCCGCAGGCCAGGCCAGAAUCGCCCAAAGUCUUGACUAUAACCAAGCCCAGCAGCUCUACCGUGAAUAAUAGCAGCAACAGCAGCAACGUAUCCAAUAAGAACACCACCCCAAGCAGUUCGAGCAGCAGCAGCGCUACCACCAAAGUUACCACCAGCAACAACCUCAAAACCGAAAAGAACGAUAACAUAACCGUGAUGAGCUACACUUCCAGCUCGACAAGCACCACCAGUCCCAGUGCUUCUGGUACAGUGGUAACUGCCAUACCCACAGCAAGCUCUGGAGGAUCGUCUGUUUCGGUGCCACCAUUUGUCACCGUUUGCAAACGCGGCGAUCGGGGCACUCAAACCGACAGCCCAAGCGUCUUCUCCGAUGAGCACUUCCUCGAAAUGAUCAAGCCCCAAAUGCGGGAGAUGAACUCCCGCCAAAAGAUGCACUUCAAGAAGAAAGUAUUCCAAGCGCUGAUGGAGACCUUUGACGAUGCCACCGAUUUCCCCACGGCUGGGGAAUUGCAGCACUUCAAUAUCAAUACUCCCUCUGGGUUUGAGCACGUUUCGGAUCCGGAAAUGCGGCUGGUCAGGGAGCUAGUUAGUUUGGUGAGCGCGGCAAAGGUGACUGUAAUUAGACCACCAGCCGACAAUGCACCUGUCCCCAGCCGCAGCCCAGUCGUUUCGGAUGCACUGCGUGCACCGCGUCCAAAUAUGCCGCGUCAUGUGAUCCAGAGGGUCUACAAGCAAGGCACUGGACUAGAGAUCGCCUCGAACAACACGACCGGUGCUGGGCAGGAGAAGAAGCUGUACAGGAUCCUGCAGAUGAGCGGCAAACCGAACGGCAACAUGAGUGCCUCGCUGGACAAUCUCCGCAAGGAGAGCGUGGACAGUGCUCACGGUACUGUGAGGGUGACCAACAGCGCCUCAACCGCCAGUCCCAAGGGAGCAACCAUAGUGGCUGCCGUGAGACCACAGGGAUCUUCGAUCAACACUUUCUUUGGGCAACCCAACGGAGCGCAGCCUGUCAAGAGCGGGCCGCCUGUUAAGGUGCGUGCCAUGUCCCGGAGGUACUCCGUAUGCGGCAGCAGCAAUCCACCCAACGGCCAAACCAGCAGCCCAAGUCCCGCCACCACUGGCAGUUCCUUGAACUCCAACCUUAACCCAAUGGAGGCGGCCAUGCUAAAGCGGAGAUUGAUAGCACCUACCCAGGGAAUGGUGCCACCAUCUCAGCGACCUCGGUAUUCCGCUGGACAAUUGUCAACCGUUUCACAUGGCGGUAGUUUGCUGGUCAGGAAGUCGAUGGGCCCUGUACCUGGAAACCAGAAGCAAAUCUCACCCACCGGCAGAGCCUUGACGGCUCAGAAAACUCCGCAAAUUGCCAGUGUCCAAGGAUCGGUCUUCAAUGAUUUUGUCCAGCCCAAGGCCGCUGCAGCUCCCUCUGCUUCCAGUGAUGGAAGUUCGCCAAGUUCCGCGCUGAAGCGGAGCCUGGUCGUGGCCAAUACAAAGACGUCCUUUCAGGACCUUCUUCAGCAGCCAAGUCAGCCGUUGCAGAGGAAAAAGAAGGAAUCCUCGGAGACAGCAGCCACCAUUGCAGCGGAUGAUUUCUCAUUAGCCAGCCUGAAGCGAGAGCCAGUGGAUCACAUUGAUGAUCAGGACGACAUUCUCGGAAUGUAAAUUUAAGCCAAGGAAAUCCCCGAAGAUCGCAAGCAUAUAUUAAGAAUCUUAAAGAUUUAACAAAGACAGCAAAAAUCAUCGACACAAAAAUUGAAUAAUUGUUUAGAUAACUAAAACACCCAUAAUGUUGCUUAAAACAUUUUUUUUUACAUUUCCUUAUAAUUUUAAGAAAUAUGUUCCCAUUUCCGAUUCGUUGCUGCAAAAAGUAAACCUGACUUCUGCAAAAUAUUGUUUAUAAUUUGAAAUGGGAGAAUAAAUACCAAUUGUACACAUAAACAUUUUAUUAAAGAUCACGAAAAUAUUCCUAUUGUA